AUGGACGAGCCCUGCCCUGCCUGCCUCCUCUUCUCUCUGACAGACAGACACCCAGGCAGGCAGGCAGGAGGGGAGGGCAGCCCAACUGUGCAGCACAGGGCCAGGCAGGGUACCUGUCUACAUUUGACCAUGGCUUGGAGCGGGGACAUGGCAGCCCCACAGGCAGAAGCCACCAGCUCCAGAGCGUUGGCCGGUGGGGGGCUAUUUUUAUCAGCAGGGCUCCAACACUUGUUGUGUUUAGGGGAUCGGAGCGGUGGCCUGGCGAGCGCCCCUUGUGCUAGAGAAGAUCACAGUCACAGUGUCAACGGCCAUUGUAGCUCCUCGAAUCUAGAAUGACACUAGAAUGAGCCCAUCUUUUUAGUAGUUUUACAUGCAACUAUGGAAAUAGACCAGAGAAGAGAAGAGUUUAGGAGAAUGCCAACUGUGGCAGUGCUACUGUGGAAGGGGUCCAUUCAUAAAGCAUUGCUCAGGAACACACAGUGUGCCCUGCGUGGUUAUUUAAUAUUAGCAUACUACUAGGGCCAAAAGUAGAGCACUUUGUUUAUGCCAAAUAGUACAAAUUAAACACAAUAUUAUGCAAUAUUUAUUUAUGUCACUCAGAAUCAUUCACUUAGGUUACAUAUAAGCACAUUGAUUAACUACAGUAUUUUGGGAUUACGUAUGCAACGGUUACUGCUAAAUAUUUUUCAAAACGCAAACAGGAGUAACCUAAUUAAACUGAAUGUCUGUGACUUGGCAUUUCAGUUUGAGACCAAAGGUGAAUCAGAGUGUCUGCUGUGUUGUUUGAUGGCCCGGGGUCUGGUUGCGUCGUUUGAAACUCAAGCCCUGGUGGAGUUGUGAGUCUGUGGUGUGAAACAUAAAGCUCAGCCAGUCUGGUGGUGGGUUGAGAGAGGGAGGGCCUGUAGCCAGCAGCAGAAUAACUGAGUUUAGUAGUCUGAGAGAGAGGAGCAGUAAGGAGCUGCGCCAGUCCGUCCUGACUGCGGAGGUGACUUCUCCAUGCCUCCCCAGAAACACUUUAACCCUGAGGACCGCGGGAACCCUCCUGCACCCCCCUCUACCCCCCCAACACCCUCCACCGUCCUGCAGCUGCUCUCCCUGGAGGUCAAGACCUAAUUAUCCUCCUGUUGCUCAUUUGGCAGUGACCCGAUGUGUUUGGUUAUUUCUGCACUUGACAGUGGAGGGUGCAGCGGCUGCUGCUUAGCGCCUCCAGCAGGGUGGGGGUCUGUUCCAAACAUGGCCAGGAGUACUAGUACUACAUGCUAGUGGGGUGCCUGUCGGUCUAUGGGGCGAGCUGCUCCCUGCGUGGCUGACAUGAUCCUGCUGUCCGAGUGGAGUUAACAGUGGAGUGAACUCAGAGACAGCUGAUAAAGACUGAGUGACAGGACCAUGGCCAGAGACUGGCUUAAACCUUCCUCCUCAGCACAUGCCUCUGUACUGGUCUAAUGCAGAUACUGGGUACUGGGCUCUAAGGGUAUAUACAUAUAUUAGCACGGUGCGUACACACGCUCGAAUAAAUGCACACACGGUCUCACACACUGUAAAGCUAUCUUCUCCGUGGCUGUGAAAGCCAUCACACUCGGCAGCUCAUGUUUUUGUAGCAGAAGGAUCUCAUUCCACCCACAUCCCUCAGACGGCUGCUGCUUCCCCUGUUACACUCAGUGUUUACCAUGGAGCAUUUAAUACUAAAUACUCCAACACUGGGCCACUAUAGGACCAGGGCUGAUCACUCUCACUGGAGAAUGUGUAUGCAUGGCCCCUGCAAAAUAUAUUACAAAGGUUAUUACAUUUUAUCCAUAUUAUUUCAAAAAUAUAUAUUAUUUUGGAUGGAAAAGUAUGUGAUUACGUGUAAACAUGAUGUAUUUGAGAUUGCAAUCAAUAUACCUUUUAAUACAUCAAAAAGAAAACAGACAGACAUUUACAGCCUUCUCUCUGAAACUACAAGAGUGUUGUUGUGGUCGUAAUAGGAGACAGAAAGAGCGCCAGUGUGGGGACUGGGCAGUGACAAGCCAGUGUGUCCCUAUGUAUAUGUAUGUGGGAGGCGGCAGGGGAUGGCAGGGGAAUAGCAGCCCUUGUCCUAUCUCCUGGAAAAGGCGAUGCCACCUGACCGCUCCAGGCCGUCCCGUCCCUCCUGUCCCCUACCGGAGCAGCCCUACCUUGCCUUGUUUGGUCCCGGCUGGGGGCCUCGUUGCAGCCUCGUGGAAGUGUCUCCGUGAUGGACAGCGGCAGAUCCAGCUGCACUUGUCACUGACUGUCAAGCGCCUGUCCAUAUGGGGGACGAGAGGGGACAGGCGGGAAGUGUCAGUGGGACUGGGGCUGAGGGGUGGGGAGGGGGGCUGGGGGACACUGAUAGGGAUGUCAGGAGCGGACCAGCAGCUGUUACUUUAUGUCUCCAAGAGCUGUAAUAUUUUGCUCGUCGUUCCAAGCCCCCAUCUAUCUAUCUCUCUGUCUCUCUGCUGUAGGACAACAUCGUUCACAGAGUCUCUACAGCAGAAACAGGACCUCACAGCCAGACCAUCAAUAUAUCCUCUCUCAUAUCAAAUCAGUGGGUCAUGAGUGGGUCUCAGAUAAUGGUAGCAACACUGAUCAAAACAUACAUACUAGCUAUUAAGAUUUUUUGCUUGUUUAGGUCUGAUUUUGAUCCUUCUGUACCUGGAAGUUUGCGUCUGGGGGCAGAUAUACUGUUGGUGUUGGGUGUGUCUUCAUGUUUGUCUCUUUGUAACUGUCUCUCUCUCUCUCUCUCUCUCUCUCUCUCUCUCUUUCCUGCAGGUAGCACAGAACAGAAGGUUGGAACGAUGCCCGAUUCACCUGCUGAUGUCAAAACCCAGCCCAGGUCGACUCCGCCCACAAUGCCACCUCCACCCCCGGCCGUCAGCCAGGCACCCAAUCGCAACGCUUCAUUCACACCCACCACCAGUAGGUCAAGUAAGGCAUUUUUUGUAUUCUUUAUUUCUCUGUUUGCACUUUGCACUUUACACCCAAAUAGGCUAUCUAAAAUAUGUAGGCAUGCUAUCUUUCAAUUUCAAUACAAUACUAUUUUUCACGAGUCUUAUAUCAUAUCUUAUCUAGCAUAAAAUACUAUUCUGUAUUGCUACCAUGUCUGUGUUGUCCCUUGAAUACCUGAAUCCUCUUUCUAGCUUUAUAAAGAACCUUGUAAAUUCCCUAAGGUAGUACUAUGUAUCUAUCUUGAAGGUGUUUUGUGCAGCAUUGGGCCGGGCAGGAUGUGAACAGAAUAGUGAGUUGGUAGGAGUGCUGCAUCAGCUCUUCUCUGUCAUUGGCACGGCUCUACCUCUGCGUCUGUUAGGCUGUUAGGCUGUUAGGAAGGGAACCUGCCUGGGCUGCAGGGGAAACAGGCUGCUACAGGCUGCUGUUGGCCUCCAUAGGCCUGGCUGUGUGUUUCUGAUGAUCGCUUCAACAUGACGAAGACAAGACUUCAGUCACUUGUGUGUGUAGAAUUCCCUGGUGGAACGAGUGUCUUGGAGCAUGUGUGAGUAUGGCUGUGAUAUUGUCUCAGUGUGUGUGUGUGUGUGUGUGUGUGGGACUUGUUUACCGGCUGUAGUGAUACAGGGGGCAUUGCUGGGCUCGCCGGGCUACAGACCACUUUCUUCCCUAUAUAGCAAUGACAUGCCGUGUUGUUUCACCUGUUGUGGCGGUCACCAGUGUAGCUCGCUCUCCCCUCUAAAACCAGAACACAAGUGGCGGGUCACAUGGUUAGCCCACAUGUGUGCGGGCUGACCAGGCUCCAAUGGAGAGAUUAGAGUCAAGGGUAGAAAUGUGAGGAACUGUGUACUGGAACAUAUAUUCAAACACUACCAUGUAACACACACUGUUGGCAUACUGCCAUAUGCACUCCAACAAACUGGGGGAGAAAUUAAAGACCCUGCAGAUUGAAAGAUUGAUACCGGGAUGGGUAUCAGAUCUUCAUACCAUCCUUUUCAUCACUCAUACCGGGAUAUACGGUCAUACCGUCUUCUCUAUACCGGAUAUCGUAUGUCAUACGUUCUCUCUCAUACCGGGAUAUACGGUCAUAGUCAUACCGUUCUUCUCUCAUACCGGGAUAUACGGUCAUCAGUCAUACCGUUCUUCUCUCAUACCGGGAUAUACGGUCUUUACAUUCUUCUCUCAUACCGGGAUAUUAUCUGGUCAUAGGUCAUAACCGGUUCUUCUCUCAUACCGGGAUAUACGGUAUUACCGGCUUUGUACACAAGGUGGCACCAAAAAACGCAAGAAAAGCCCAUUGGGCAUCUAUUACCAGAAUGCUAACCAAAUUAGCACAGCAAUAGAGAAUUUCAAUGGAGGCUGCUAGCUACAUAUAUGCUAACGAGCGCAAACGAAAAUAAACUAAUUGCAGAGACAGGCAAUCCUGCUAAUAAAUGUAUACAUAUAUAGGUAGGCGCUACCGAAUGUCAUUUUUGGUGAGUUUGGACGAUUUACAAGCGAAUGUGAACGAGUUUUGAUGCAUGCUUGUCUUAAGCAAGAACAGUACUGGCUCUGGAGCAGUAUGUGUAGGCUACACUGUGUGGAGUCUGGAGUUGCUAGGGCAACAGGCAUGCCUGCUCUGCUCAGAGAAGAGGGGAGAGGAGAAGAAGCGCAAGGAAAUCAAGAUUGUGGCAGCUGUACAGAUAACUCAUCCAAAGGGCUUUGACUUCUCAAACAGGGCAGAAAGCUAACACAAUAUGAUGCCCCGUCACCUUAUUAGUUCAGCCACUUACUUACAUUAACUUAGGGGUCGUGUUAAUGCAGAAUUCUGCGUUUUUCACGCAGGAAAGAAAGAUAAAACGCUUAAGAAAUAUCUUGUUGCGUUUUGUAAACGCAGAUGUAAAAUGCUUCUUGUUGUAAUUUCUGCUCGGCAUCAGACUACUUUCGUACUUCAGUUGCACUUCUCCCCUCAGAUGAGAAUUCACCAAUGGGCAUUCUAUCAGCAGACAGACUCUGACUGAUGUGUCGCUGCUUUUCUCCGGAACUUUCUCAGUGUAGCCUACCUUUCUCUGGUAAAAUGCCAGAUUAACUUUAAGCACAUUAGGAAAUGUAGCUGGCUACAUUCUUUCUAUGAUAAACAUUAGAAAUAUGAUGGCCAUGCACAGUUUUUGCAAAAAAUACCUUAUUUUUUCAUUGGAAGCUAAUUUACUUGUGGAGCUAGCUGCCAGCCAAAUAGCGUUGCACUUCUGUUAUCAUCUGAUGAAAAUGAAGCUAUUUUCUGCCGAAUGUGUUGCACUAAUGUAUUUUCUGUGAAGGAAACUAUAGUUGCACAUCCCUGAUCACUCUAUUGAAGCAAAAUAACACUGUUGGCUUUCAAUAUAAAACGCAACCCCUGUCAAUACACAGCUGGACUCACCUGCUCCCGCGUUCUCCCUUUGUGCUGUUUACAAACGAACAUGUGACUGGCUCAACUGUUCUGGGGAACUACGGUUAGCUUCAUAAUGUAAAAUAAUAUGACAGGUGAAAUGAAGAACGCAAUCUGCUUUAUCUCCUAACAUAUUGCACAAGUUGACUAAAGGUGUUUACUUAAAAAGUAGCUACACAUAUUAAAAUGUAUUGAAAAACCUCUAAUAAAUAGUUUCAAUAUUUCCAAAUACCCUGGUAUACAGUAUAUAUGGUAUACCGCCCACUAAGCUUAAAACAUAUCAGGGGAUGGAGUGUAAGAAUAUGACACCAAUAUUGGGUAAUGUACCAUUCAGUAGAUGAAGCAGGGCAAAGGUGGAGAGUGGAACGGAGGGAGUGGUGUAGGGGUUUGGAGCAGGAGUGUGGCAGCCAAGUGGGGGGGGGGGGGAGGGGGGGAGGGGGGGGGGGGGGUGCCCUGAACCUGAAAGCUGCAAAUCUACUUUCAGCUGGUGGACAUGUGCAAGGCCUGAUUUAGCAACACACCUGCUAUUGGAAUAAAGUAACACAGGCCACAGGCCUAUUUUUGGCACCUCUUUAACACGUUCCUCUUAUAGUUGUGUCCUACUGAGUGAGUGGGUGAGCGAAAGGGAGAAACAGACUGGCGAACGGGAGGAGAGGUAGUGGGAGGGGGGAGGGUCAAACGGUCCCACUUGUGAGAGGCAGCUGAAGUUACUGCACACAGAGCCUUCACUCAAACGGGUAUGAGCCGUGGUGGAGUAGGAGCAGCAGAGUACGGGGUAGCAGCCAACAGUGUCUUUACCCAGCCUUAGUGUGUGCCCUGGCCCCAGCCUUAGUGUGUGCUCUGGAGUUAUCCGCCUCAACCUUAAGGAUGCAUGUGCCUUCACCACCCUCCUCGACCCUGUCCUCCGGCGCCCUCACAGCGCAUGGCGCCCGGGGGGAGGAGGUAGAGGGACAGGAGGAGGAUGGAGGAGGACAACAGACUGGUACUGACGGAGGGCCUCUCUCCCUCUCUCUCCCUGCAGUGCUGAACGGGAGCAGUCACUCGAGUCACUCGCCCACGUCGCUCAACGGGGCGCCCUCUACACCCAACGGCUUCAGCAACGGCCCCGCCAUGUCGUCCACCGCCUCCCUGUCCAAUCAGCAGCUGCCGCCGGCCUGCGGCGCCCGCCAGCUCUGCAAGCUCAAGCGCUUCCUCACCACGCUGCAGCAGUUCGGCAACGACAUCUCGCCCGAGAUCGGAGAGCGAGUCCGCAGUCUGGUGCUGGGCCUGGUGGUAAGUCUUGCUCUCCUCUUCUCCCUCCCUCUCCUUUUUUCUGUCUCUCUCUCCCACUCAUUCUCCUACUUUUCUGGAGCUACAGUACUUACUUAGUUGUGUCCAAAUCUCUUUCUGUCUCUCCAUGUCCAGCUCUGUCUGUCUCCUAGUUUUACUGUGAAGGUUCUUCUCCAAGUGUUCCAAUCUCUCCCUUCCUUUGGUUUUUGACAGAAUUCCACCCUGACCAUAGAAGAGUUCCACUCCAAACUCCAGGAGGCUACCAACUUCCCGCUGCGUCCCUUUGUCAUUCCAUUCCUCAAGGUAAGAACAUCAAAACACAACGUAGACACACCCUCCCUGUUCCCAAUAGGCUCCCUAGGAAUCCCCAGGUUAUUUCCCAGUAUAUCCCUUUGAGCAGCUUCCACUUCUGAUAUUAGCUAGCGUAUGGCGAUGGAAGUAAGGGCUUUCGAGAACAAAACCCACCCAAACAAACAAAUCAUAUUCUCCGGAUGGCUGGCCAGUGUAGAAAGCGACCUGGUUUCUGUGCCUGAGCCGUGUGUGAUUCCUCCAUUAGUGUGGGAGUGUGGAGCUGAUUGAAGCUCAGUAGAUAAAGGGAGCAGGACCCUGCCUGAUUUCCAGCCCAGUCUGCUGCAGCCUGCCUGGCGCUGGGCUGAUCUGCUGGUCCAUAUGGCCAUCGUUUGCGAUUCAUUAAAACUGGCACACGAGUGUUUACCCUGAGUGGCGCGACGUGGAGCGGAGGGAGGGGGGAGGAGGGAGGGAAGGAGGGGGGGGGGUAAAUAAGACUCCCUGACAGAUGUUGCCGGCCCAGGGCGGCUAACACGCAGAGCUUUUCACUCUGGCUGAAGUCUUUGGCCUGAUCCUGUUCACUGCAUUGUCAAACCCACAGUCACAGAGACGAGAGCAAAGCGAGAGAGAGACAAAGUCCAUCCUUCCGAACAACUGUCAUUAUGCAUAACACAUUACUCUGCUGUGGUCCAGAAGUCACAAUGCCAGCUGUCCAAUAUGUAACACAUGUGACAGUAGGGAACGUUUGGUACUGAGGCCUUAAGGGACACUGCUGACGGUUCUGACGGUGGGAGGGGCAGUCCUGCUGACACUGUGUGUGCGUGUCUGUGUGUCGGUGUCGGUGCUGAGUGCUGGCCGUGCAGCUUGGUGGUGACCAGGGCACACAUUCCUGUCUGUCCCACACACUCUGUCUCUCUGUCCCUUCUGUUUAUUCCCAGAGCAGAGGGACAUAUGGGGGACAACAGGGGGGCGGCCAAGCUGGAGCCAUGCCUGGUUAUUAACUAUAAUUGCAGACAUGGUGGUGGCGAGUACGGUUGUGGAUGGAAUGUAUUCCACACACCACAUACCAACACAAAUACAUUCACAUACAUACAAUACAUUCACUACGGAGAUCUUGGUUAGCUCAGUGUGGGAAAGACAUACAGUAUCUACUUUAUAGGAAGGUGUUAACUAUCAACCAGGCAGCAUCACCACAGUGUGCUAGAAACAGUAGAUAUAUAGAUAGAUAUAUAGAUAGAUAGAUAGAUAGAUAGAUAGAUAGAUAGAUAGAUAGAUAGAUAGAUAGAUAGAUAGAUAGAUAGAUAGAUAGAUAGAUAGAUAGAUAGAUAGAUAGAUAGAUAGAUAGAUAGAUAGAUAGAUAGAUAGAUAGAUAGAUAGAUAGAUAGAUAGAUAGAUAGAUAGAUAGAUAGAUAGAUAGAUAGAUAGAUAGAUAGAUAGAUAGAUAGAUAGAUAGAUAGAUAGAUAGAUAGUGUCUGGUGGGCGCUAGCUGUCUCAUUAGUGGACAUUAUUAUUAUUGUGAGAGUGGCGUAGCGUGCCUUUAGCAGUAUCCAGAGGAUGGCUCAGGGCCUCGUGUCAUUAGGACAGUUUUCCAGCCCGCCUGGUGUGCCAUGAGGUUACACAUCUGUGACAUGGCAGCCGGCGCUGUGCUUUGUCAAAGUGACGGCCUGACUGAGCUCUCUGACAGCACCCACUUACCCCUCCUCUCUCCCCCUUCCUCCCUCUGAGAGAGACAGACGCUUGGGAGGAAUGUGUGGUGGUGGGUCUGUGUUAUCUCACCCUCCCUGUCUCAUACUCUCGCUUUCUCUCUCAAUCUCUCUCUCUCUCAAUCUUUCUCUCUUUCACUUUCUCUCUUUCUCUCUCAAUCUCUCCUCUCUCUUUCUCUCUCAAACUCUCUCUCUCUCACUCAAUUUUUCUCUCUCUCUCACUUUCUCUCUCUCUCCUCUCAAGUCUCUCCUCGCUCCUCUCUCUCUCUCUCUUCUCUCUCUCUCUCUCUCUCUCUCUCUCUCUGCUCUCAAUCCAGCCCUUGCCUCUUUGUCUCUCCAUCCCACUCUAUGCUUAUAUCUUCACUCUAAAACGAUUUAUUUAUAUUGAACGGUCUCUCAUACCGAUCUCUCUCCUCUCUCGAUCUGCCCUCAUCUUCAACUCCCACCUCCCCACCUUGACCCUCCUCCUCCUCCUCUCACCCAUUUCCACUUACCAUAUAUUCUCUGUUCAUUCCUCCUGUCCCUCCUCCCUCCUUCCCUCUCCUCUCCCAGGCGAACCUGCCCUUGCUCCAGAGGGAGCUCCUCCACUGUGCGCGGAUGGCCAAGCAGACUCCCGCCCAGUACCUGGCCCAGCAUGAGCAGCUGCUGCUGGACGCCAACGCCAGCUCGCCCCUGGACUCCUCCGAGAUCAUGAUGGAGAUCAACGAGCAUGGCAAGAGGAGGACCCCCGACAGGUACUGAGUGACCACCGACACACACACACACACACACACACUCAAAAUACAACACACGCACUCAAAAUACACACACACUCAAAAUGCACACACUAUGCAGACACGUCACAUACCACAGCUGUAAGACAACUUAUCACUCCUCUCCCUCCAUCUUAUAGCAUAGACACAACUGAAAAAACACACACAGGCUUACACACACACACAUAAUUGAAUUAUUUCUGGGUAUUUGGACAUGCCAAGCCACAAGGGGGAGGUUAUAAAUCCUCUGUGCGGGAGGCGGAAGUUUGGGCAGCCCUGAUGCCAGGCAGGGAGGGCGAUGCAGGCUGUGCCAGCUGUCUGCGAGGGGAGAAGGAGGAGGAGAGGAGGAUAAGUCCAGAUGCUGUGGACGUCACGCUAUAACCACAGCAGCAGCAGUGGCUCUGUCAGCAGCCCCAGUACAGUAUGAGGAGAUGUCCUCAGUCCAACCCACAGACAAUGCCCUCACUGUCCUAUACACUUCCCUGCCCUCUCCACAGCAGCCUGCUGCCAUAUCUGCCCCACACACUGGGUCGUAUGGAGGGGGAGACAGAUCUGGACUUUAAGACAGACAAAACCACAGCACUACUCUCCUCCUCCCCCAUCGAUCUCUCUCCCCCUACCUUUAUCUCUGGCUGCCGCUCCUCUCCUCUCCUCUCCUCUCCUCUCCUCUCCUCUCCUCUCCUCUCCUCUCCUCUCCUCUCCUCUCCUCUCCUCUCCUCUCCUCUCCUCUCCUCUCCUCUCCUUCAGUCAGUUAGUCAGUCAGUGUGUCUUUCUGAAGCUGCCCAUAUGUCAGAAAUGUGUCCAGAUCCUGCUGAACCCUUGCUUGAGCUGAUCCUGACGGGGAUGGAGGGAGGGAGGGGGAAAGGGAGGGGGAGAGAGAGAGGGUGGAGGAACAGCCAAUCCUAUCUGUAAUCUACUCACCUCCGGCUCCCAACCCCUGGCUUACAGUGUCACAGCGGGCUGGGCCAGCUGUUGCUAUGAUUUGUGAGAUAUUGGUGGUGGGUUAGAGCACUGACAGAGACAGACACAUCCCCCGUCACAGUCUCACCCCACGACCCACAGCCUGCCAGAAGUGGAGAGGGGAUUGGGGGUGGAUGGUGGGGGGGCUACAUCACGUAAACAAAGAGGGGACAAAUACACACACACACACACAUACACACAUACUGUGUAAUACACACCAUCGCAUGCGGUCAUAAACAAAAACACACUCGCAUCCACAUGGCGUUGAAAUUCCUUUCAUUUGCCUUUGAUGAUAGAGAGCAAUUUACCUCUGAAUGCCUGGCUGUUUCACCAAGCUAAACAGAUUAAUAUCAACACCGGCGUUUAAACUGUCCAGAUGGCUCCCAAAACAGGACCGUCACUGAACAUCUGCCAGACACAGACACAGUACAGCACCAUAGGUCUGUGGGAGAGGCUACUUUUGCUAUUUAAGAGAGUGAGUUGAGGGAUAUUAGGAUUAAGAAUUUGGAUCCCACCUCGAGACACUGAGUAUACAGAGUAUUUUUUACAAAUGGCGUACAGCUGUGCACACACUUUGGAGUAGAUUCUGUCUGGAGUGAACAGUGUGCAUCUCAGUAGGGGGGAUUGCUGAAACGCCAUCAGAUUUACUGCUCAUGUCUUCUAGUAACAACAACAGGUUAGCAGCCCAGUAAAUCUAGAAUGCCUUAAGUAUACGGCUACAUCCUGAAUAUAACAAAUCUCAUUCCUGUUCCCUAGCAACUGCCUCAGUAUGGCAUAUUCUAUGAGAUGUUAACAAUUCUAAAGUGAAUGAAAGUGUCUGAUACGGCGGUAACACGUAUAAAGGUAAUGUAACAGUGUUGACUUGUGUUCUCUUCCUUCAGGACCAAAGACUCAGAGAGAGACGGCCACCACCCGGAGCACCUGGCCAAGCGGCCCUGCACCAUCAGCCCCAGCCAGCGCUUCAGCCCCAGCACUGGCCUGCCAGCCCACCCGCCCCCCAACGGCCUGCCCACGCACCCCCCCAACGGCCUGUCUCACCCCAACCCCCCUGCCCCCCAACACUACCGCCUAGAGGACAUGGCGCUGGCCCACCACUACCGUGACGCCUACCGUCACACAGCGGAGCACCGCGAAGCGCGGGACAGGCACCGGCAGACAGGUGAGAGAGGGAGGGAAUGAGAGAGGGGCGAGGGAGGGAUGAGGGAGAGAGAGAGGGCCUCAUGGCGUCUCUAAAGAACAAUGACAGGUUGUCACAGUUUGGUGUUAAAUUCCCAUGGUAGUGCAUCUAUAAAAAGCCUAUAGUGACACAUGCUUGGGUAUGUCCCCCUAGGAAUCCAUAUACGUCUUCCCUCUGUUAGAGCCGUAAUGGCUCACACUGUAUAAGGAAGUGUUAGAGCCCUAGUGUCCUGUAUGUGGAGGAGACUGGAACCAGAAUGGCUCAUAUAUGGUGAUGGUGCCUAAGUGCUGAACGCAGGACUGUGUGUUUGUGUUGCAGCCGUGCACGGAGCACGCCAGGAGGAAGUGAUCGAUCACCGCCUGACAGAUCGGGAGUGGGCUGAGGAGUGGAAGCACCUCGAUAAUGUACGUGUUGCUGGGGUAGGGCUCCCCGGUUUUAUCCUUAUAUCUCCUAUCCUACAGAGAAGUGUGUAGUAGAAAUCUUUCAACCUCUCAGUGCUGUAGAUGAUAUGACAGAGGAGGAUGGAGGACAGGGAGGUGGGAUGCGAGGAAACAGGGUGCUGCUGACAGAUUUAAGAACUGAAACCUCAGCUGAGUUUGCAUUUGAUGGACAGCUGACCUUAGGAGGUCUGUAGAGGAUUGUGUCCAUGUCAGCAAUGGACAGCUGAGGCCUCUCUGGCCAGCAUACAAAGACUGGAGCGAGCGCUCUGCGCUGCCCUCACCUUUACCAAGGCUGGAACACUCACUCAUACACACACAUGCGUGCACGCCACGCACGCACGCGAGCGCACACACUCACACACACACUUGGGCACUAAAAAGGGCCACAGAUGGAGCGAGGGACCCAGUGGAGGACAGCUCCAGCUGGGGAGAGCAGCUGAGACAAGGGCUGCAGUCAUGGAGGGAACCGGCCUGUGCUGGGCCCCUGCCAAAUUAGAAACACUCUACUGAAAUAAAUAUAGCUAACAGAGAGAGAGAGAGAGAGAGAGAGAGAGAGAGAGAGAGAGAGAGAGAGAGGAGAGAGAGAGAGAGAGAGAGAGAGAGAGAGAAGUUGGCAGAGAAAGAGAGAGAGAGAUAAUUAGGCAGAGAAAGAGAGAGAGAGAUAUAUAGAAAGAGAGAAUAUGGAAGGAAGGGGGUGAAUGUAAAAACCAUUUUGCAGACCGGGAGUUGAAGGAGGCAUAGGGCAAAGGCAGAAAGAGAGUUAGUGAAGAAACAUAUAAAGAGGAAGACAAGGGGAGGGGGUGUGGCUGAAAGGCUUUAGCAGACAGGGGCUUGGAGGGAGCACAGGGGUGGAAUGAAUUGGUUAGGCCUUUUCCAUCGGUAGCACAGCUGUUACAGCCAUUUUUACUUCACUGCUCUGUAUAACCACUCAACCUCAUUCACACACAUACACACAUACUCAGCACCGCUGGCUCUCGCUGCUAAAACGGGGACAGGGUCACACACUCCUGAGUGCUCCUUAGAAACGUUUUAUUGCACCUAAACAGCAAGAACUGAUUCUAGAGACACUGGAUUGCUCCCAAGAAAUCACUCAAAUUACCAUAAAUGAAACUGUUCUCAUACAAUUUGACAUCUUGAUGAAGGUUAGGCCUGAUUGUGUUUUUCAUAGACUAAAUUCAGAAUGCAUUUACUGUUCUGUUAUAUGGCACACUAUACAGUACUUCCGAAUAAAACUAUGUGACCCUGAUUUAACGGUACACUUUUAGGUGCAGAGGCUCUACCACUCUUUAGCACCACAGAGAGCAGCUGGCGGUGCCUGUUGUCAGAGUCUGAACUGUAGGAGAGUAAAUCAGAGAGUAGAGCGGCGCUCUGAUCAUGUCUCCCCCUCCCUCCCUCCCUCCCUCCCUCCCUCCCUCCUCCCCCCUGCAGCUGCUCAACUGCAUCAUGGACAUGGUGGAGAAGACCCGGCGGUCUCUCACGGUGCUGCGGCGUUGCCAGGAGGCCGACCGCGAGGAGAUGAACCACUGGAUCCGACGCUACAGCGACGUGGAGGAUAUGAAAAAAGGUGGGAGCAACGGCCAGCCACGCCCUCCUCCUCCUCCUCUACCUCUACCUCCUCACAACUCCUCCUCCAACACUCCUAACAACGUCGAGACACAGCAGCCCAUAGGUACAUCCACUGCUGCAGACACCAGCACCACCAGGCCUCCAGCAUGCAGGCUGUCACUCCUCACUCCACACUGUCCCUCAGUCAGUUCCUCAGUGUGUUCUGUCUGCUCUGAGGAAAGAGGAGAGCAUGCUGGCGUCGCAUGGCCACAGAGAAGUUGGUCUGGGGGAUGGAAUUAAAUGUUACAAAGCCAAAUGAAGCUUACGUUUGAGUGUGUUCAUGUGGUUGGGACGCAGAGGGCUGAAUCCUAACUAGAAAUCUAUGCAUGUAGCUUGGGCUUUUGGUAAACCAUGCACUGACAUUAGUGGGAAAUCUGUGCAAAAUAUAGAGUUGUUUCCAGUUAGGAUUUGGCCCAUAAAGUGUGAAUGUGUGGAGAGCGUGGUGGACUGACUGAUGGUCUGGUCUGGAUUGUGUUUCAGAGAUUCAUAGGGACUUCUUGCACAGACCUGCGUCUGGCUACCUACCUGAGGAGAUCUGGAGGAAAGCUGGUGAGUAACCACACGUCCUUACUGUACUGUCACUGUCCCAGUCCCGUCACUGUCACCCUCACUGCAACCUCCACUGCAGAUAGCCCUGAAGAGGGCCCUGUCUGUCCUGUUGCCAUAGUUACAUAAAGACAGGGAUGGGAUUGGAGGGCCGGGGUCGUGGUCAUUAGUGUAGUGUUCCCACCUAACCUUGACGGAACUGCAGUCAGUGCAUGAAGCCAACCAACCUGGUGCAGUUCCAGAGCGCGAUGCGCAGAGUGGGCUUGCAGUUAACUAGUCUGUUGGGCAGGGAGGAGAACAGAGGAGGAGGAGGAGGAGGGAUAUCCUCUGCUUAGGAGUAGUAAAGCUUAGUUCAUAUAAUACUGCUUUUCAAUGUGACAGCUUUUAACUAAUUGUUUUAAGUAUACUUGAACCAGUCAGAUCAUGCAUCUAUAUGUUGGGCAUCUGGACCCAGCCUUAUUAACUAAUGAUGUCCAUUCGUACGCAGAGCAGUCUGAUUCAGGUAUAUGUAGCAGGGGUGGGUUAGUGUGUUGCAGUGCCUGGGCCUUAUAUAGCAAGCAGAGUCAGUUAUGACGCAGCCUUGGUUCUACUGAGAACAAACACAUCAUUAUCCUGCAGUCAUAUUUCAAUACUGUGGGGGAAAGAUGCUGCUGUCUGCGAGAUAAUGUGCUGCAUUUUCACCAGCAGAAAAACUAUUUUAAUUGCAGUUAUUUUUCAUACAGGUGCUACAAGUAUCCCACUCUCCCCAGCACUAAAGCAACUCCAAAAUAAGCAGGGUAAGUAUAACAGCUCCCAUCUCCCCCUAGUGUAUUGUGUGUGUGUGUGUGUGUGUGUGUGUGUUUGUGUGUGUGUGAGACCCCUCCUAUGUUAUUCACUACUGCACCACCUCUGUCCUAUUACCACUGCUUCUUCAGCAAACAUCAUAACUGCAGUCCAUCUCUUUAAUUAAAAAAAGACACGUAUUCUCUGGUCUAGUUAGGGUUGAGAGACUAUGCCGCCUUUGAAAAACAAGGUCUGAAGUGUGAAAAAGAAAAACCUGCCAGAUCCCUCUGGAAUUAAAACGUUAAUAUUGCUGCCCCCGUGUUUUGCAUUAAGUGCUAAUUGCCCUAGCAUCUGCUCUGCAGUCUCCUUGAUAAGAAUUAAUUAAAUUUGCAAACUAAUCUUAGUGGUGCAUGCAUUAAGCCUGAUAAUUGAGCAGCAGAGGAUUGUACCAAUAGUUAGAAAAAAGCAUGCACCAAUAAGAAGGGAAAAAUGAGAGAAAUGAAAUGAUGGAUGAAGGUAGAGAUGGGCAGGAUGAAGAAGCAAGGGUAGACGUGUGUGGGAGGUGUUGAGGGGAUGAAUGGAAUACAAACUACUUCUCUAGUUUCUGAGCAGAGGAGACAGACUCUCUCUCACACACACACACACACAUCCUCAUAUUCAGCACAUACACACGGGACUAGCCGCCGCAGUUUUGGGUCUGGGGCUGCUGAGGAUGCACUGACCGUCAUCAACCAGCAGGAGGACUCCAGCGAAGUGAGCAUCACAGCCUUAUCACCCACACCAUGCCCCCACACUAUCCUACACUCUUAAGGUUUCCACACACUUAACAUGCGUAGAGCUAAUUGCUUGCGUGCGCUGGGCCACAGCAGCCCCAGCCCCUGCCCCAGCCCCAGCCCCAGCUCAGCACAGCAGCCCCAGCCCCAGCCCCAGCCCCAGCCCCAGUUCAGCACAGCAGCCCCAGCCCCAGCCCCAGCCCCAGCCCCAGUUCAGCACAGCAGCCCCAGCCCCAGUUCAGCACAGCAGCCCCAGCCCCAGCCCCAGCCCCAGCCCCAGCCCCAGCUCAGCACAGCAGCCCCAGCCCCAGCCCCAGCCCCAGCCCCAGUUCAGCACAGCAGCCCCAGCCCCAGUUCAGCACAGCAGCCCCAGCCCCAGCCCCAGUUCAGCACAGCAGCCCCAGCCCCUGCCCCAGCCCCAGCCCCAGUUCAGCACAGCAGCCCCAGCCCCAGCCCCAGCCCCAGUUCAGCACAGCAGCCCCAGCCCCAGUUCAGCACAGCAGCCCCAGCCCCAGCCCCAGCCCCAGCCCCAGUCCAGCACAGCAGCCCCAGCCCCAGCCCCAGCCCCAGUUCAGCACAGCAGCCCCAGCCCCAGCCCCAGCCCCAGUUCAGCACAGCAGCCCCAGCCCCAGCCCCAGUUCAGCACAGCAGCCCCAGCCCCAGCUCAGCACAGCAGCCCCAGCCCCAGCCCCAGUUCAGCACAGCAGCCCCAGCCCCAGUUCAGCACAGCAGCCCCAGCCCCAGCCCCAGCCCCAGUUCAGCACAGCAGCCCCAGCCCCAGCCCCAGCCCCAGCUCAGCACAGCAGCCCCAGACAGCUGGACCAGAGAGAGAGCAGAGGGAGAAAUAUGACAGUUAUUUAUGACUCCCCUCCUUUACACCAACUGACUGGAAGAAUCAGGGAGUGAGAAUAGACCACGGUGUGGCUCUCACCUCCAGUCUGCCCAGAGGAGGCUCACUCACCUGGGGGACCACCUGACUAUGUCUGUGUGUAGGAGGGAGGGGAAUCAUCUAUUAAUACAACUUCCCCUCCUUUUGGUUGUACAAUACAUUUACUUGGCCCAUAUACGGUGCCAGUUGGCAGUUUGAUAUCAUAUUUUUCAUGGCCAUAAAAUGUCCAUUUGGUAAUGAACAUGAAGAUUUAAUUAGUUGUAUUAUUUGGGGCAGCUGUUUUCUCUAGACAGAAUUCUGCAAUAGCUAAAACAAAAUUAAUCUCUGAUGUUAUAUUCUGUUCUAUUUGUAACAUUAAUACGAUAAUGAGAGGGAUCGUGAUUCCUUCCUAGCAGGUUAACCACUCACACACUGUCUUCUAAUGAGAACCAGCCUUAGCUUCUAUUUUGGACCAGCCUUAGCUUCUAUUUUGGACCAGCCUUAGCUUCUAUUUUGGACCAGCCUUAGCUUCUAUUUUGGACCAGCCUUAGCUUCUAUUUUGGACCAGCCUUAGCUUCUAUUUUGGACUAGCUUCUAAAGGAGUCCACACACCUGACUUUUCUAAAAACACUGCCUAUUCACUCACACGAGUUGGCAGAGGAUAGGACCUCUAUCACAGUUACCCCCUGUUAGCGAAGUUAUGCAUCAAUGAUAUGGAAGCCAUUUUCACUCCUCAGUUCUUAUGUCUGUUUCUUCUCUGUUCAUUCACUCAGAAAACAAAUGAUCAAAAGCAGAGAGUCACAGAAUACUGGGUUAAUAGGCAAGUUUGUGAACAAAGUUUGGAGACAUCUGCUGUUGUCAGCGCUGGAAAUGAUUGUUACCAGACGUGUUUUAAUUAAUUAUUAACAGGCUUCUUUUUCUGAUAGAAUGUUUUAAAUCUUGGAUGAUGUACAUCUGUUUGCCGAGAUAAAACAAAUGGAGAGCUUAGAGUGCCUCAAUAAAACAUGACAGAGUAGAGCAUGAGGGUGCAGGAGCGGUCAUGGGGACUGAUGCCUCUCUCUCUUUCUCUCUCUCUCUCUUUCGCUCUCUCCUUCUCUCUCUCCACAGAGGAGGCAGUGAACGAGGUAAAGAGGCAGGCCAUGUCGGAGCUACAGAAGGCUGUGUCGGACGCUGAGAGGAAGGCCCAUGAGAUGAUCUCCGCUGAGAGGUCCAAGAUGGAGCGGGCGCUGGCCGAGGCCAGGAAACAGGCCUCUGAGGAUGCACUGACCGUCAUCAACCAGCAGGAGGACUCCAGCGAAGUGAGCAUCACAGCCUUAUCACCAACCCCAUGCCCCCACACUAUCCUACACUCUUAAGGUUUCCACACACUUAACAUGCGUAGAGCUAAAUGCUUGCGUGCGCUGGGCCAUAUUUGGAAGUGAGUGGAAACGCCAAGCGGAUGCUUCAAAUGUAUACAUCCGGUGAAAUAUCUUUCUCAUUGUUCAAUCUGUGCUUUUAGCUUCCCACAACGCCAUGUGAAAUAAUCAGAUUUAUAAUUAAAUAAUAUGCCCUGGCAAAUUCUUAUACUUGCCUGUGUAACCUACAAAAUUAUCCCAAUUUGAUAUACCGCUUCAAUGUAUUCACUCCUAUAUCAGCUAAAAAUAGAAUGUCAUCAUGUUUUGGUCACAGAGAAAAAGCACAUAUCUCACAGCUGUUUUUAACAAUAGCCUGGAAUCAAUAGUUAUUACUUCUAAACACAAUACAUUUUGGGGGGGGAUUCUAAUAAGGCUAUAAUGUUGUUUGGUUUAUUGUUUGAACAGUCGCUGAGAUUAUAUUCAUUUAUCAAUGCAAAAUAGGUUACUUUGAUGCACAGCCUAUAUAUCAGAUCAAGGAACCAAGCAAGCUUCAUUGCCUACUGCCCCCAUGACUACGCAAGGAAUGAUACAGCGCGUUACAAUUUUCUAGUGGUACGGGAGUACGUAGAAUGUCCGAGCACACUACAAGGAGCCACCCCUUUUGUGAUGAAAAACUACAUUGCUACAUUACGCUACGCCCCGUAGGGUCCGUCUCCGUAGGGUAUAAAUAGCCCUUAAGAAAAAAAGAUGCUAUCUAGAACCUUAAAAGGGUUCUUCGGCUGUCCCCAUUUUAGGAACCCUUUUUGGUUCCAGGUAGAACACAAAAACCUGGAACCAAAAACAGAUCUCCUAUGGGGACAGCCGAAGAACCCCUUUGUACCCCAUGCCCCACACCCUGUGCCCUCUCACAUACCACAGCACAGCAGCAGCCAUAAAGAGAGAUACACUCAUCACCCUACUGUCUGUAAACACAGGCACUCACUGCUGCACUGCAUCACAAAGCACAUUGUCACAUUCCAAACCUCAAACUCACAAUCGAUCGUGUCACCUCAUCCCACCAACCACUUGUUUUACAUAACAAACUGUCACACAGCUAACCCACUUCUUUUAGACCGCACUUCCUCAAAAUAGUCCUGUCACACACACCCUCUCUUCACAUGACUUACUGUCACACACACUUCAUAACAUGCCCCCCCCCCAUAAACAUUUGCUUCUCAGUAACAGCUCAUUCAUCAGUUCUAUACAAGCCAGAGUCCUCAAUGCAAUGUGUGUCUAUUCAAGCUACACAGACAGAUUCUGCACAGAUCAACAGACAGAGCAGUGUUUAACCUAUCAAUUCUCUAUCAAAAUCCCAUAUUCUGCACAGAAUGUGUAUAUCUUAAACAGGCCACUGUCUGGUUGUGGUGUUAAUGUGAGCCACAGCUGGCUGCACCUGGUCUGAGUCAACACCAUGUUUUCAUUUCAUUAUUAAAGAGUGAAUCCAGCCGCCUGUCUGAAUAACAGCAGCCACAAGCGGAUGGUCGGAGCAACAGUGUCAGGGCCAGGACAGGACAGGACAGGACAGGACAGGACAGGACAGUCCACCUAGUGGUUUGGGGCAUUUCUAGCCCCAGAAAAUAAAUGUGGGAUUUUGUUGCCCAGAACAUGAAACACUUCAGCUGUGGAUAGCAUGACAGUAUUUGAAAAGUGGUAACAAUGAUAUUUGUAUAAUAAUAUAACGAAUAAUAUGACGACCAGAGAUUUAUUUUAUCAACUCUAUGCCUUCUUCCCACUGUCUCUCCAGAGCUGCUGGAACUGUGGACGCAAGGCCAGUGAGACGUGCAGCGGCUGCAACACAGCGCGCUACUGCGGCUCCUUCUGCCAGCACAAAGACUGGGAGAAGCACCACCACGUUUGUGGCCAGGGUCUGCAGGGCCUCCCCGGGGGCAGCAGUGUUCCUCUGGGCACCCCCUCCUCCAGCGCACCCCCCACACACUCAGAGAGCACCCCCCCUGGUCCACUCUCCCUGCCCGGCCAGACCAGCGGUGGUGGGGGAGGCAGUCUUUCCGGCAGUCCUAAGGAGGCUAGCUCCAGCAGUGCCUCACGCUCCACCACCCCAGCUACCCCUGCACUGCUGGACGCCACCUCUCGCUGA